CCCCACGAGUCACUUAUGACAGUUUACCUGCUCAAUAGUUAUUUGAUAUUUCAACAGUAUGAAGAGGAAGCCAUUGAGGAGGAGGAAGAGACUGAAGAAGUUGAUGAGCCUGAGCCUGAACCUGAGCCCGAACCAGAGCCGCCAAAACCAGCCCCUCCUCAACAUGUUGCCCCUCUCUCAAGGCCUCAUCAUGAGGUUAUUCCUAAAAAAAGUAGUAAGAUCUCAGCAUCUCGCAAACUCCACCUGAAGAUACUAAUGCUUUCCAGAGCCAAGGAAGAUCUGGAAAGAGAAAUCGAUGAACGGUAUGAGGAGAAGGAAAAGUUCCUGGCAGAACGAGUGCCUCCUCUCAACUUCAGCAGCCUCUCCCUCACAGACCUGCAGAAUUUGUGCACAGAACUCCAUCAAAAAAUUGAGAUUGUUGAUGAAGAAAGGUACGACAUUGAGUUUAAAGCUAGCAAGAACAGCUACGAGAUUCAAGAUCUGUCCCUGAAAAUUCUUGAUCUUCGAGGGAAGUUCAAGCGACCUCCCUUGCGUAGGGUCCGUGUCUCCGCUGAUGCCAUGUUGCGUGCUUUGUUGGGAUCCAAGCACAAGGUGUCGAUGGACCUAAGAGCCAACCUGAAGUCGGUCAAAAAGGAUGAUACAGAAAAGGAUCGGAAUGCUGAAGUCAGUGACUGGCGUAAGAAUGUGGCAGCCAAGUCGGGAAUGGAGGGCAGGAAGAAGAUGUUUGAUGCUGCCAGCACCCAGUAAUCCACAUGGGGAAUAUUGCACGAUUUAUGAAAACAUUAACCAGUAGCAUUACUCGUAAUCCAGUCGUUUUUUUGGUUUAUGAAUUUUCACACACGGUAAAGUAUUUUAAUGAAUGGUUUUCUCAUUCUCAACCACCCGACUGAGUUUCAGGAGCAAUAUUAAACUUCUUGCCGUUUUGGAGAUUAUAAGUAGGAACACAUACCUUUGACAAGAUACAAUUAAAAUGACUUGCUAUCCUGUAACUAAAAAUAAGCAGUAAAAUAAUUGCUUCCAA